AUGGGGAUCAAAGCUGCUCUUCCCAAGUAUGAGAUCUAUUUCUACAACACGGUGCUGUGUCUGGCGAUGGUCUGGGCUGCCAGCUGGAUCUCUGAGGUGUCCAGUUCCAAUGCUAACAGGAAGACCUUCAAGUCCAGUGUUAAGCCAGGAUGGUACUACUUUGGGAGGAAAAUGGACACGGCUGAUUUUGAGUGGAUGAUGUGGUUUUCCACCUUCAGAGAGCACAUCCUGUUUGCUCUGUCUGGCCACGUGCUGUUCGCCAAGAUCUGCUCCAUGUUGGCGCCACAGCACAGGUCUUUGGUGUACAUGGUGUAUGGGCUGCUGGCGGUAUGGACCAGUAUGGGCUGGACCUACGUCACCCUCAUCCUGUCCCACUGCAUCCUGCUCUACAGCAUCUCCCUCGUGAAGCUCCGCUGGCUUUGCUUCGUCACCGGCCUGGCCACCCUUGCGACCUUCAAGUGUGAACCCUUUGUGUCUUGGCAGGCUGACUUUGUGCAGGGAGACUUUGAGCUCCGCCACGUGCUCUUCUAUGGAGGCUGUGGCUUUACUAUCAUGCGCUGUAUCAGCUUUGCUCUGGAGAACUGUGAGAGGAAGGAGGGAAACUACAACAUCUUGGAGCUGCUCAAGUACAACUUCUACCUCCCCUUCUUCUACUUUGGACCUAUCAUGACCUUUGAUAAAUUUUAUGUUCAGGCCAACAACCCAAACCUGGCCAGGAAAGAGAGGGAGAUGUGGAAUAUCAGCGUGCAGGGCCUGAUCCACCUCGCAGCCAUCCUUGUAGUGGACAUCCUCUUCCACUUCAUGUACAUCUUAACCAUCCCCUCUGACGUGAAGCUGCUAAAGCACGUGUCUGACUGGGCUGUAGUGGGUUUGGCCUACACUAACCUGGUGUAUGACUGGGUGAAAGCCGCUGUCAUGUUUGGCGUCAUCAACACAGUAUCCAGACUGGAUCAUCUGGACCCGCCCAAGCCCCCGAAAUGUAUCACCAUGCUCUAUGUUUUUGCUGAAACCCACUUCGAUAGAGGAAUUAACGAUUGGCUGUGCAAGUAUGUGUAUGAUUAUCUGGGAGGGAAGCAUAACAAUGUGCUGGAGGAGCUGGUGGCCACACUCUGCACCUUUGGCGUCACUAUCCUCUGGCUGGGGCCUUGCCAGGUGGUGCUGAUCUGGGCCUUUUUUAACUGUUUUGGCCUCAACUUUGAGCUGUGGACUGCCAAGUUCUUCUCCAUGGAGCCCUUCGCUUCCUUUGAGAUGGCAAUGUCAGAAGCAAUGUCUCGCCGGAUCCGAGCAAUCUUCAACACUUUCAACUUCUGGACCAUUGUGUUGUACAACAUCCUGGCCUUGAACAGUUUGGACUUUGCCAAGUUGGUAGCCAAACGACUGCUUCUCAGAGGCUUUCCUAUAACCACCAUCAUCGUUAUGUUUGUGACCUACUGCUUGAUUCAAGUGAUAAAGGAGAGAGAAAGAAGACAGGCUCUUAUCGAUGACCCUGAUCCCAUCCCUCCUGCCCCUGUCCCUGCACCCAUUCCUGCGACCACUAUCAGCAGCACCGUCACCACGGCAGCCACACCCGCUGCUCCUCAGCCAGUCGUAGAGCCUGGAAAGGAAAAAGCAGAGUAGGGACCUGACGUCAAAGUUUUCACGCCUGUCAGAGUCUCAACAUGUCUCUCUGAGUUAUAGUCUCUGCCAAAUUGCACUGAUGAGAGGAUAGCAAUAGGCAAUGCAAUUUUAGCUGUACUCAGUAUAAUUUAUAUUGGAGGUAUUUCCUAUUAACAUCACAGUGCUAGAAUGAAGGGAGUAUACAGCCAAAUAGUGAGCGCUGUCUACAGACUUACAGUAUUAUUGUCUCUGUUGAUUUUUAUUUUUUAAUUAAAUGGGGUCUCUGUCUCUGUUGAUGAAUAAAAACUGUCUGUACAUAAGCGUAAUCACAAUUAUUUUAAGCCAGAAUAUAAAUGGAAAGAAAUGAAUCGCAUGUAUCUGAAUUUGAUGUGAUAUAUAAUUUACUGUUGACCAAUAUGCUGUUGCCUAUUGCACUAUUGGUUGAUUUGAUGUACCUUGUUGGUUGGUUCUAUUUUAUGAGAAGUUACUCUUAAACUGUGUAACAGCACAUAAGGGAUGUUAGAGAUAAACUUAAUUACUUUGAAACUCAAAUCAACGAACAAACAUCUGUCAGAUUACAGUUAAUGCAAAAUAAA